AUGAAUAAAGGUGUAGAGUUGGAGUAUGAACGUAUCCUUAAAAUCACACACAAUCGACUUCUCCGGAAACAGAUUGAAGGAGAGAUUCCAAGUUCCAUCGGUCUAUUGAAAGAGCUUCAUGUGCUAAACUUGUCAAACAAUGCUUUCACUGGCCACAUCCCAUCAUCUAUGGGGAACCUGUCAGCUCUCGAGUCACUAGACGUUUCCCGAAACAAGCUUUCCGGAGAAAUUCCACAAGAGUUAGGGAAUCUCUCGUUCCUUGAGUACAUGAACUUUUCCCAUAACCAUCUUGAAGGUCUAGUACCAGGAGGCACUCAGUUUCGAAGGCAGCCUUGCUCUUCUUUCGGAGACAACUCAGGACUUUAUGGACCUUCUCUUGACGACGUUUGCAAAGAUAUCCACAUUCCAGCAUCGCAACAGAAUGAGUCGCCAGAGGCAGAGGAAGACGAAGAAGAAGAAGAAGAGGUGUUUAGUUGGAUUGCAGCUGCUAUAGGAUUUGGACCUGGUAUUGUCCUUGGAUUGACGAUUGGAUACAUAUUGGUUAUUUUCAAACCAGAGUGGUUCACAAAUCCUUUUGGCCGAAACAAACGCAGAAGCAGAAGCACAACUACUCUUUAG